AUCAUUCGCUGGUCUGGUCAGCAACAACGCUGGCAGGGCGUAGAAAUUCUCGGUAUGUUUUCGACUUGGUAUUUGUUCGUUUUCUUCACAUUAAACGACUCGUGAAAGCCUGUUAAAGUUGGUUUCGCUUAAAAUGAAGCGUUAACAUUAUCGCAAAGAAUGGCGCAAUCUAUUUUCGACGCCUUAACAGCCGUAUCACUGGACAGUCCUUCUGUGCAAUCAUUAUUGGAGUCUCAGACUCUAAUAACUGAGGUUGAGCACUCAGCAAUAGAUCAAGAUGAGGAAGAUAUAUUUCAGUGUGGAAAAUGCAAAAGUCAAUUUACAUCAUUGCACAUGUUUGUAUUGCACAAAAGGACACACCAAAAAACGCACGAGGAAACCAUAGAUUUGAGUCAGUUUUUAGUGAAUGAUGAAAGUCAACCUGUUCAUACAGAAGACAAUGAUCAAGAUGCGUCACAAUACAAUCCACAAGAAACAUUUGUUCAAGAUGAUCAACUCAGUGAGCCAAUUAUACUCGAAGAAUCAGACAUGCUGUUCAGUAUGGAUCAAGAGGGUGCUAGUUAUUUUACAACAGAUUCCUCAUUUAGCGUUCCAAUUAUACUGAGUUCUGAAAGCUUGGAUACUUUUGCAAACUCUACUAUUCCAGCUGAUAAUGAGCCUCUGAAGGAUGAUUCAAACGAUGUACCUCAUGUUUUACCAAGUGAUAUUUCUGAAGAUCAUGUCAUUAAUCAUUCAGAGAAAAUUGAUGUAUCCAUAAAUGAAAAUUCAUUAAUGGAUUCAGAUACUAUUGCUAAUCAAACACAAAAUUUAAAAUACAAAUGCGGUUAUUGUAACAAACAAUUUGCGAAAAAAUUUUAUUGGCAACAACACGAACGUUCUCACACAGGGGAAAAACCAUAUCAAUGCGUUGUAUGCGGACGUGCGUUUGCACAAAAGUCUAACGUAAAGAAACAUAUGUCGUCCCAUAAAGUUUGGCCUGGCACUGCUAUACACUCCUUACCACCCGAGGCACCUCCGGAUGGAAGCAUAGAUCGUACCUAUCACUGUCAGUUUUGCAAAGAAAUAUUCGAUUCGUACAAAGCUCUAAAGGGCCAUCUUAUAGAUUCUCACUUAGCACUAAAAGUGUACAAAUGUGUGCAAAGUAACUGUAGUAUGAUGUUUUCUGACCUUGAGGAUUUUUUGGAACAUACUCGCAGUCACAAAAGAUCAGAAUAUCGUUGUCAUGUGUGUGGUGGAGUAUUUAAUACUCUGUCUGAUCUUGGGCUUCACCAAUACACUCAUUCCGUCCAAAAACAAAAGACAACAGAGAAAUACUACUGUUGUUCCGUUUGUAAGUCCUGCUUCUCGAAUUUGGAGGCUUUGCAACAUCAUACCGAAACCACAACGCACGAUUACGCCUGUCUACAUUGUGGAAAGAGUUUCUUGAUCGAACGAUUUUUACGGCGUCAUUUAAAAACGCACGCUUCGUCUGCGCGGUUUGCCUGCGAAGAUUGCGGGAAGGCCUUUAAAACUGAGCAAUAUUUAGCCAAUCAUAAGUUAAUACAUAGCGAGGAGACACCGUUUCUAUGUCCACACUGUUCAGCUAGAUUCAAAAGAAAAGAUCGUUUGGGUCGUCACAUGCUAAUUCAUGAUUUAACAAAGAGAUUAAAGUGUCCCUUCAGAGGUUACUUAGGUUGCAUGAGUGAAUUUUCGCGACCUGAUAAAUUAAAACGUCACCUUUUGACGCAUAGCAAUAUCAAAAGAUUUAGUUGUAGUCAUUGUAAUCGUAAUUUCCAUCGGGCACAAGCUCUUAAACAUCACGAAAUGAAUAAGCAUAGUUUGAAAUGCGAAAUUUGUUCACACGCAUUUAAAACUAAAGAGCAAUUAUUAACUCAUAAUUGCGAUCAGUCGAAUGAUACUAAGAAGCACACGAACUCACAGUUACCUAAGAAAGCUUCUGGAUCAUUUAAGCCAAGGAAACCUACUCCAAAGAGACAAACAUCAUCAAAGACUGCAAUUGGACUUGCUGAUAAGGAGAAACUAGAGAAAUUUAAGUCUGACGAAAUACAAAGAAAAAUUACCUCCGAAACGUUAAAGUCUGAUGACUACAAAGACGAAACAUGUACCAAAAAAGUAGAGAAUAUUUCUAUAUCAAAAGAAAUUGGUUCAACGAUCGAAGCACUCAUCAGAUCCGAUGUAGCGGACAAUGAAAUCAAACGCAACAUUGACACAUACUCUGUACAACAGAUAGGCGAAUAGAGUUUUUAAAUAUAUUUUUUAAUUGUAUUUAAAUUAUAACAUAGUAUAGAUUGUAGAUAAGGUGUCAUAGAACGUGCAAUGGGAUCAUUGGCAAACUGCAAGUUGCAUUUUAUAAUAGCAUAUAAUAUUUUGUAGUUUACAUAUCUGUGAUAAUUGUAUUAUAAAAUAUAUUAAUAUAAGUAACUUAUAUCUA